UCGAACUGCAACAGGGAUAUAUAACAUCAGAACAUUAACAUUGUGUGGACAGGAGAUUAACAAUGACUACAUUUGGCGCGGUUAUCUGUCUUCUUUUUGCUUGUUUCGGAUACGUUGUUUCUCAGGACAAAUGCAAUCGUUUUCCGCCAGGGAAACAGUUGACAGCGAACUCUAACAAGCAGUUCAUUUCUUCACCCGGAUUUCCUUACAACUAUACUAACAAUCGCCAGUGUUAUUGGAGAAUAUCCGACAAAAAUGCUUGUGGCCUGAUACGCAUUGAGAUCAUGUCAUUUGAUCUCGAACACAAUUACGACCACGCCAUAUUAACAUACGAUACCGAGAGAGAAAUCCUUCAAAUGUCUUCCCCUAAAGUACGUGUAAUUCCAAGCAAGGACGUUACAAUCUUGUUCACAUCAGAUGGCGGUAUCGUCGGCAGAGGUUUUAACAUAUCAUAUGAGGAGGAAGACUGUAUAUGUGAUGAAGCAUCAGAGAUAUACAUCAUCGCUACGGAAACUACACAAUACCUCUCGUCACCUGGAUAUCCAUACAGUUACCCAAGAAGUAUUACAUGCAGAUGGAACUUCACGUUGUCUACAACGUGUAGUAUUCUGAGGUUGGAAGUCGUCAAUCUAGAAAUCGAGCCUAGAGACAAUCUGACAUUGGCAUACGAUCGAGGAACCAUUGACUUGCUGCCGAGAAAUGUGUAUCAUAUCCCUGGUAUAAGUUCAGGUCUUAGAUUUCAAUCAGAUUCCUCAAAAAGCGGAAUAGGAUUUAAUAUUUCAUACUCAGCUAUGGAUCUGUGUGUCACAAACAAAACAUCAGUGUUCGGUUGUCAAGAUUUUGCUCUCGUUGCAUCAGAGGAAUCUAAAUACAUAUAUUCGUCCAGCUAUCCGGAAUACAACAGUGAUGGUAUCUGCGAGUGGAUGGUAUUUGUUACAGACCCCUGUUUGACAUUAAGUGAAGACAACAGCCAGGAACUACAGCUUGUCGUGGAGGAAUUUAAUUCCACGGGAUCGACAAAGCUCGACAUUUUCCAGGAUGAAUCCACAGAUCAGAAACGGAUUGAAAUUUCCCAGGAAUCGGCUUUGAUUGGACGUCCUCUUUACUUCACUGUAUCCGUAAAUAGAUUUGUUCUGAUUACCAUUCGUCAUUUCAGCGAGAGUUCUGCAAUUAAAAUGUCAUACAAAGUUCUAACUGAAUCUCCGGAAUCUCUGGAAUCACUGGAAUCCGGCCAAUAUACUAAUUGGAUCGCUUCAACAUCUUCACUUGGUAGCCUCCUUUUCAUUAGUAUCAUUGCGCAUGUGCUGGUCUGCCGGAAUUAUCAAAAACGACGCAUGAGCAAAACGUCAGUGAACACCAUCGGAAUGAAAAUGAGAACACGACAAUCGAAAAAGCAGCAAAACAAACCGCAACGAUACAUUGAUAUGGAUGAACCAGGUCCGAGUGGUCUGGAAAAGGGAGGGGAGACAACUCAUGGUGAUCUGUAUGAAGAAGUAGAAGCUCCGGAUACUAUUGACGACAACCAGCAGUCAGAGUACUAUUUAGAUAUGAGUGGAUUAAAUCUUCCACAAGAUGAUAAAAUAUAUCAAAAGUCAGAUUUAGUUAAUGGAGAUCAAGGAAGUGAAUCGCGUCCGUGUACAGUACAUGCUGAUGAAGAUGGUGACGGUGACGUUUAUGAGGAUAUGCGAGAUUAUAUCAACACUUCCCCGUUUAGUAAACCUCGUUGAACUAUCAAAACAAUGCAAGCCGAUACAAUGUAUGGGAGAACCAUAACAAUAGUUUAACCAUCGCCCAUUAAGCCCUUUUUCCAAGUCUGUGUAAUUCAAUAUGUAUCUUACUACUGUAUUAGAAAUAAGGAAUGUAAAACUGUCUACCAUGUAACUAUUAUACAUCAGGUGAGCACACAUGUGUGAACUGGUAUGAAUCAGAUGUAUACAAAUGUUAAAAUUUAUAAACCAGAUACGUUGGAACGUUUAACUGUUAUACACCCUAAAUGUACAAUUCUAUCAUAUCAACAUACUGUUAACGUGGUUAUUUACGCGGGGUUUACCCUGUGAAAUGAUUAUGAAAGUUCAUGAAUUAUUCAUUUUUUCAAAUUAUGUUCAGGAAGAUUCAUGAUUUAUGUAAGAAAGUUUUUCAUCAUGGAUUCAUUAUAGUUGAUGAAUUUUCAUGAAUUUGCAUGAACUGUAAACUAUGAUUAAUUCUCAUGAAUGAAAUAUUGCAUGGACAUUCAAGAAUGAAAAACAUAUAUUAUUCUUAAAAGUUCAAGAAUGAUAAAUGAAUCUCGCAGGGGUAACAAAACUUCGCGAUUUCGAUAUGUAAACUAUACGCGUUGUGGUAAUUUUCGCGAUUCGUUUGUAUUUUGAGAUAAGAUCAAUUGAUAUAUAAAAAAUUUUUUACAGUAUUAACAUCCAUAUUAAAUUACCAUUAAAAGGAAGCA